UAUAAACACCAGACGCGUCGGCACGUGAACCACAUAGUAGGACUACAUGUACUGUGCUGGUUACACUUUUAGACAUUUACUUUAGUUUUAUGCUCAAAAUACACGCUGAACAGACUGACUAAUUAGUCCAGGUACGCUUUAAGUGCAAACCCGUCUCUCAAUGAUGGAAUUUGAUGGAUUUGAUCAGACACAGGCUAUACCGCUUGACGAUUACAGUGAUGACACUGAUGACCUCGGGGAUCCAGACGACAAGCAACCUGCCGGCUAUCUCAAGGUGUUUAGCCAGAAGAGUUUUAAUGAGACAUCGUUCCCUGUGUACGAGGGCGACAACUUCAUUGGUAGACACGAGAGUAACGAAAUAUGUAUUCCCCUCAAGGCCAUGUCUAAGAAGCACGCUUGUAUCGAGAUCCAAGGAGAUUCCCAUCUGAUCUAUGACUUGGAGAGCAGGAACAAGACAAGACGGGGCAAGCUCUUCCUCAAACCUUCUGUUCGCUACGAACUCCAGGACCAAGACCCUCUCGUCUUUGGCGACAUCCGAUGUCAAUACACGAGGGAAGAGAUCCAACAGAGACCCAGAGGGAGAGACCUGGUCCCAGACAGUGAUGAUGAUGGUUCAGAGACUGGCUCCGAGUCAGUGCUUCUUGAUGCACAGAAUGGAAAGGACACGGCACAGCCAGUCAAGGACACAGAUUUUGGUUCCAGUUCCAGCUACGACAUCGUGCAACCGACUCAGGCCCCACCGGAGACAGAGAAAAAGCAGACGGUCAUCCUCGAGACACCACAGCGGGAGUUAGCCACCCUGGUCUUUGCCGAGAGCUCAGAUGAGAAUAUACCCACAGAAACAGUGAAAGCAGUAGCAGAUAGCUCCAUAUCUCCUGGGAGUGUAGCAGAGACACCAGCCUCCAAACCCUUAGCUGAGAGCACUGUCGUGAAUGAAUCAGAUAUUGAAGAAAGCACCACCGGAAGAAGUCGACAUUCUGCGCUGGAUGUUAAUGCACUUGCCGUGGCUCCCACUCAGCCCUAUGGAGGCACGGAUGAGCAGGAAACACAGGCCUACCUGGCAACCACGGAAUCAGAUGAGGAUGACGCUGACGAGAUCAGAAGGCAGGGCCUGUUUGAUGCACCCACCCAGGCUUUUGGUGUGCCAGACUCUGAGGACGAGAUGGAGCCUGCCAAGGGCAAAACAAAGAACAAGAAAAUAAGUCUGGAACCAACUCUGAUUUUCAAUCUUUCCACUGACGAUGAGACAAGUCCUGCGAAGAGACCAGGAAGGCCCAAACACUACCCUCAACAUAAGGAUGCCAUUGAGGCAAAGAAGAGCCCUCAAGGCCACAGUGACGAAGAUGGUGAGACAUCGACACUGGCAUACACGGACCUGGCGACCCAGGCCUACUGCCCAGACACCGAUGACCAGUCGGACAAAGAAGCUGACGAGUCUGUGGGCGGCAAGACUGCAGUGGCCAAAGGGCGCCCUCGUGGGAACAUGAGCCCUGAUGACAUGGAAGCCUCGACGCUGGCAUUUCCCGACCUGGCUACCCAGGCCUAUUGUGCCGACACAGACGACCAGUCUGACGAGGACGAUGAGUUUGAUCUGCGGAAGCGCAGGGCCAUGAACACCUUGGACCCAACUCUCAAGUAUGAUAUGGAGUCAGAGAGUCCAGGUACCGGACCUGAUCAGGCCAAGACUGAUAGUGAUAUAAACGACCAAAGAACAAAGGAAGCUGAGCCAACAUUGAGGUACGAUAUGGGAGUUGCAGUAGACAAGAGUGGUCCGGAGGGCAACGUGGAUAUAUGCCUAGAGCCAACGCUGGCUUACACAACAGAGGAAGAUAAUGAAGAGGACAUGGACAUUUCUGCAUUAGUAGCGGCUGAAACUCAGGCCUACACCACAACUGAUUCGGACUUGGAUGAAGAACAAGCAAAACCAAAGACAUAUAGAAGGAGACCGCAAACAGACCGAAAGCAACAUUCCAAGAUCGUCAGUGCGGAAGCACCCACAUUGGCCUACGACGAUAACUCAGACAGUGUGGCCUCAAGACAAGCCAGAGAGACUCCUGAUGAUGAUGAGGCAGUGGACAGUCACUGUGAGGAGGCCACGCUGGCCUAUGACGAGGAGGAGCCUAUGGAUACCGAGAUGUCACCGGAUGCGGGAGAGGAGAGGAUUAAUAGAUUUGCCGAGAUGGAAACCCAACUGGCUGACGGAAUGAAACAAUCAGACAAAGCAGACACCCCAGUUCUUCAGUGUAGCACUACAGAGGAUGACGAUGACACGACAGUGACCACGCAGGCAUACGGCACGGGCAAAGACGAAGACGAAACACCAGACAUUCACAGUGAGCCUGAUGCCCCGACCCUGCAGUACGACACUACAACAGAAGAUGAGGACGACACUACUGCCACCACGCUGGCGUAUGGCAUUGACAAAGAUAACAAAACACCUGGCACCCGUGCCGAGCGGGACGCACCGACCCUGCAGUACAACACUACAGAGGAUGGAGACGACACAGCAGCAGCUUCACGGAACUACGGCUUGGACAAAGAAGACGGCCAAAUGCAAGAAAUCCAUGGGAAACCGUCAACCUCCACCACCGAUCGGCCGAUGCUUCCAGCGGAUCAGGACAAAGCAAUUGUGAUGGCAAAGAGAAAACUGCACGGGAGUUCUGCUCGGGGAAAAAGACAAGACAACGAAGAGGUUAGACAAGAGGAAACGGACGGCACCUCCAUGGAAACCAAGGUCAUUGGAGCUGAAGCAGGGAGUGAAACACAAGUCCCGGACAGCCAAGAUGAAAGAGAGGAAGAGAACCAGCCUCUUGCAGGAAUCUCUCGCGUCUCCUCCAUGCUGCGCAAGGUGCCGGCCCGCUCCGCCAUGGCCAGCCCAGAGAAGAGGCUGCCCCAGGGAGGACGCAGAGUGGCCUUCAAGGAACAGACACCUCCAGAGGAAGCUACUCCAGAAGAAAAAAUUCCACCCCUUCGGAAAUCAGCCAGAGGGAGGACGGUCCCAGCUAGGUUCAAGGACGACACUCCAAUGACAACAAGAGUCACUGAGACAGAUGCCAAGCCCACACGGAGGAAAUCAAAGGAGUUCCGCUCAGCUCCUGGAGUGGAGCAAGCCUCAGAUGAGGUCAGGCCCAAGAGGGCUGUCAAGGUUAAGCAGAAGGAAAGCAGGGACGUCGUUGAAGGUACUGGGAACGUCACAGGAACCCCGUCCAAGCCUGCUGAUGGGGAUUCUGAGGAGGACACCCUGGAGUUGAAGGAAGGCGGCGGUAUGGUCUGGUCGUCCGUCGGUGGGCUUGAGGUGCCCGAGGCCAACAACAACGAGAAUUGCCUCAAGGGGAAAGCCCCGGCCCGGAGGACUUCACGGCGGCAGGCCAGCUACAAGAAGGCCAUAGAAGGCCACGACUCAGAUGACACGGAGUCGCUGUCCUCUACGUCCAGCCUGCCAGUGGAGACGGCAGAGCUGAACAUCAGCACAGUCAGAAUCCAAGUGACAGCCUGCGAUGGGAAGCAAAGUGAUGACUCGGUGAAGCCUCGGCGAGGAAGGAGGAGCAAUGCCAGCAAAACUGCAGGAAUGGCCUCAGGCAAGAUGGACAAGUCUGCUCAGCAGGUCAGUGAGGCUCCUGCUGAGGAGGGCAGACUGCCAGCCACACCAGCAGGAAAGAGGCAGCCAAGACGGUCAGCAGCGUCAAAGGGCAAUCUGGCUGAAACCUCGGAAAAAACACAAACAAAAUCUGACAGAGAUCAGCAAGCCAGUAAUGCUUCAGAAACAGUUGAGAAGAGCAGAGAUGUUACCAGUAGUAGUGCUGAGGGGAACAGGUCAUCUCGAAACCAAACCAAAGAAGCUGCGAUUGAAUCAGAUAAAAUUGCUGUUCCAGCAAAACGAGGCAGAAAACCCAAAUCAGUGGUGGCGCCGCAGACAAAGGGAUUGAAACAAUCCUCCAUAACAGACUUCAGCAUUGCUGUUACAGAAGACCAGGGAAGGUUAAAAAGUCAGCCUGAAAAAAGCAGCUCAAAGAUGGAGAACAUGCUGGACAGCCUGGAAUCCAACGAGAGCCCAUCUUUACUGUCAUCUGAAUCACUGUCAUCAAGGACCACAGCACGGUCCAGCCGUGCCAAGCCAAGCACACCAGAGACAGGAGGAAAGUCACCCAGUAAGCUGGCUUGGAAACAGGAUGCAUUCGUCGCCCCGGAACCGGUGAAGCGAGCGGCGCGUGGCCGAAGAGGGGCCAAGCAAGAGGAAGGUCAGAGGUCAACAGAACCUCCUCCUGCGACCUCAGAGCCACAGACAGUGACUCCAGACAAGGUGGCAGUGGCCUCACAGGGGCGAGGCAGCAAGAAGGGAAGAAACUCUACAGUGUCGGAAACACCACAAAAAGAAGAGCAACCUGCCGCCACGCCCAGCAGUAAUAGGCGUGGUAAGAGGGCUGCACCUGCCCAAACCACUCCAAGCCCUACACCGCACAAAAAACGCAAAGACCCAUACACACCUGAACACGAGGUCACUAGUCCGUCACUACGUAAACGAUCCAGUGAGACCAAGCCAAAGGUCAUGUUCACUGGGGUUGUCAACAAGGCAUGGGAAAAGAUUGUAACAAGUCUGGGCGGUGAGUUGGUAGAAUCUGUCUUUGACUGCACUCAUCUAGUCACAGAUAAGGUCCGUCGCACCGUGAAGUUCUUGUGCUGCCUCUCCCGAGGUUCUCUAAUCAUCGACCCUAAAUGGCUGGAUCAGUGCCAACUUCAUAAGGCAUUCAUUGACCCCUCGCCGUAUCUGCUCCAGGACAAGGCGGCAGAGAAGCAGUACAGCUUCAGCCAUGCAACGUCCCACCAGAGAGCACUACAGGGAGGCGUGCUGACCCAGCUCAGCCUCUUUGUGACGCCCAAUGUCAAACCGGAACCAGCGCAGAUGAAGGAGAUUAUACGGAGUGCCGGGGGAAAUUUCCUGAGCAGCAUGCCAAGGAAAGCAGACCCAUCCACACUCAUUGUAUCCUGUGACGCCGAUGAAGCCAGGUGCCAGGCGGCCAUCAGGGCCGGCCUGCAGGUGGUCAGUGCAGAGUUCAUUCUGACCGGGAUGCUGAGACAGGAAGCCAGACCUGAACUGUACCAGCUUUUUACAUCAUCGUCAAGCAACCAACCAGGCAGCAAAGGCAAAGUGCGAGACACCCCAUCGAGUGGCAAAAGGAGACGAUGAAAUACCAGCCUUCCACAUUUAGAAAGGAUUGAACUUCUGGGGAAAACUAUCUGCUCGACCCCAUUGUGAGUGAGCUGGUCAAGUGCAUACUUGCAGGAAUGUGGCAGGAACGUAUGUAUAAGUAUUCAUUCUAAGAGAACCUUGGGAAACUAAUUUAGCCUAUGUCUAAGAAAGGGAGCUUGUGCAUUUGCUUCAUGGAAAUUAAGACUUUGAAUUUGAAAACUUUCUAGAGUUAGUCCUUAUUACCGGUGCCUUAGUUUGACUGCCUGUUCUGAAAUGUUUUCUACUCAUUCAAUUGGUGGCAGGGCAACUAGUGUUAUUGUUUUAAAUUGCAAGUUAGCUGGUCUGAAAUGCGUUUGGUGGUCAAAACGAGGACACCAUUAUUCAAUGUUGAGAAGGAUACCUCAAGAAUAUCAGUUUGGGAUGUCUUCACUGGUGGGGUAACCCUGUAGCGGCAUUUAAAACCUUACAGUCACAAUCACAGGUGCACUUUUAGUUUUGCAAACUGCACAUUAAGUGUUUGAUACCACAAAUGGGUAUAAAGUUAAUAUUUUUCUAGACAUCAGGAAAGGCAUAUGGAAGAGCUACGGAGCGUGCUUCGUGACAAACCAGAACAGAUCAAACUUUGCAGAGCAGCACACGUGUCUUGUCAUAACUUUCUACUUAGUAUAUGAACAGUCUUUGGAAUGGUCAUAAGGGUGGACGAUAUUAAGGCCGUUGCAUUUUUCAAUCAAAGUGACCACAAAUGUUGCCGAGUGCCGUGGUUUUCUCCUUUUUUAGGGCUCUGUAGAAGAGAGGGCCAUACUGAACUGUAGGAAAAGUUGCCAUAAGUUUGGCAAUAACUGAUGUUGACAGUUUUUAUAUUGUGUGUUUCUUUUGCAAGUAAAUUGGUACAAGCAGUUUUUAUUUCUUGUCUCUUACUUUCUGGCAGUUGGACUUUCAUAUUCACCGAGUUUAAAAUGAACCCAAGGUAUUCAGUUCCUUGUUUAGGUGUGAGGACUGACUUCUCGGGGGGAAUAAUGAACCCACGGCUUUCAAGGAGCCUUGCUGUGUCUUGCAUGGAUUUGUCUGUUCUCUCUUUGAAUGGUGACAUGAGAAAUGUGUCAUUGAUGUAACAAAUAGCAUGUGUCCUAUGCUACACACAUUGGCAUGGUCUGGAGCUGAGCCAAUUGGCGAACGCUUUGUAUUGAUAGAGUGUAUUUUUCAAACUGAAAUUUCAGAAAUUUUCUAUAUUCUUCUGCAAUGGGAACAGAGUAAUAUACAUCCUGCAAAUCAAGUGAAGCCAAAUAGCAAUGUGGAGUAAUCAAAGUUCUGGCGGUAUCAAAGGAAGCCAUCUUGAAGUGUCUAUACACAAUACAGUGGUUUAGCUCCGAAAGAUCUGGAAUUAUCCUGUGUCCACCAUCUUUCUUUGGGCGGUCGAAAAUGUUGGAAAUAAAUUGAUCACUUUCAGGUUCUGUAAAUUCAGCAACAUUUUUCUGAAGUUUUGGAAUGUCCCUAUCAACUGCCAACACUUCAUCAGAGCCUAGUCGGUUAGGUAGUGGAUGUCCCUGCUGAGGUAGUGGUCCGCUGUGAUGUGGUGAUCAACAAAUUCCAAUUUGUAUCCUAAUGUUGCUUGCAAUAUACUUGGAUCAGAUGGUAAUUUUUCCCACUCAUUGAUAUAUGACUUCAAUCGACCCCCAACUAUGCCUAUGUCAUCUAUGUACGGGCCUGCUGUCAUAAACUUGAUCAUUUUUUGAAGAGACUCGCCCGCCUGUUCUGCCUUGCUUUGUGGCCCAUCUUGGCCUGCUUCUUGGCUGGAACAGGGGAGGGUCUGGAGAGCUCCUGUUUCUGUCCACUGGCGGAUGUUUUGCAUCUGUUAUUUUGCAGCUACAUGUUGAGUUUUCCUCUGCAUUUGGGGAGGUUGGGGCUAUCCCCUCAGAAAGGGUUCGAAUUAGUUCUCCAGCCGGUCUGGUGGCAGAGUUCUUUGAAUAUGGGUGGUGUCGGUUGUGACCUUGUCUUGGUUUGAUAUUCUUCAGCACGCCGGAUGUGGCCCUUUGUUCAUCUUGCAGUUCUUUGAUUUGCUUGCCCAGGUCAUCACCAAAGAGUAGGGUAGCGACCUUAUUGGAUGGCUUACACUGGUGUGAAUAGCGUUGGUUGAAAUUUGGUUUUAUGAGUUCUUUCCUUAAGCAGUUCUGCUCAAAAUUGGCUGUGGCAAGAAGUAGCCAUCUGUGUUCUUGUUCUACAGUGCAUGGCCCUUCACAGGCUUUUGCAAGUGUUGUAAGACCCUUGAUCAAUGGCUUUUGGACACAUUGGAGCUUUAGAUCGCGUCACCUGGAGUGCGAGUUGAUGUUUUCCCAGAUUUGUGGGCUCACUUUGGGUACAAGAGCCUCGCCAUUUUGAGGGCAUUUUUACUUAUCAAUGGUAUCCUGGAUGAAUUUUUCCUCCAGCUUCUCCACCAAUGCAAAGUGGAGACUGUUUGCUACAUCACUGCGAAUAUGGGGUCUCCCAUGUCUGCAUUGACCACAAAACAUGCAGCAAACCCUUUGUCCCGUUGUUGCUUUAAUAUCGAGCCCCCAACAUGCCCAAGCUGUAGUGAAUUAGGCCAAGGGCUUGCAGUAAUAUUUUGACUCUGCAAGAUAUCAUAAACCGUUUGGUCUGUGUGCGGUGUCCAACUCUGCGGAUUCAGCAUUCUUGAAUUCCACAUUGGAGGGGUCGUCACCAUGCUCAUCAAGAAGGGUGUUUGCACCAUCAUCUGCCUCAACCAAUUGACCCGUUACGGCUGCUAUGACUGUUUGUCUGAAUUCUCAUUCUCUUUGUCUGUUUCUCCACCAGCUGUCCCAGCUGGGGCAAAGUGGUUUUCCAUGGAACUAGAUGCAGUUCCACUCAUAUUUGAAGUUGUUGAUUUCUUGGCACUUGGCACUGAUUUUGCCAUGCCAGUCAAUGUCGCCUUCGAGUUCUUGUCCAGUUUCCAGACAAUAAUGUCCCAUUUGCUUAGGGCGUGUAGAGCAUGUCAGGAGGUUGGGUGACGCUCGACUUUCCCGCCGAAUUAGCGUGGAUUUCCACAUUUCUUACCCCUUUUCUGCUUGGUAGUCUCUAAAGGUAUAUCCUGUGAUUGUGAAGUCAACAUUUCGGGAUAUUGUUGCAAUACCGCCGGAAAAAACAUGCAAGUUCCGACAUUCAAACACCAUAAAAAGUUGGAAACAGUCGCUGUUUUGACUGCACGCAAUGUUAUGACCGCACAUGUGCAAUUGGGAUCUCAUGGAAUCUCUGGCUAGAUUUCAAAAUAAAAUAUAAGUAUUUUCAAGUAAAAUAGACGACUUGUGCACGAGCAAAGUUGUAUCUAUUCAAUCACUUAACGCCCAAAUCCACAGUUUAAUUUAUGAGAGCAGAUGCUAAUGCAUCAUUGUUUAUUGUACACCAAAGCUGCCUGUGCGCACUUUUCAAGGAGCUUUUCAGGGAACCCCACGUGAUGGCACAUUUUCCUUUGGGAUUGACUUUGCACCUUCUCGGUAAGUAAGUCAAAGAGUGUCUUAGUGCUGAGGCUUGGUCGAACUUCAGAGACAUUUUUCCUCACUAGACUGAAAAUCCACCCAUCCUCUGCAUUGCUGUGGGGGCAGUGAGAGAUUUGCCAGCAUGAUCUUGGGGAGAUAGAUGACCUUGAGCAGGCCAGUUGAUCUGUCUUUCAUAUGUGCGAUAUCCACCCAUGCUUAUCUAGAGACACAUUUUCAAGUUUGUUGACCUGAAACAGUUCAAACGCUAUUUCAAGUUCAUCUUACUUUGUCCAUGGAAUGGAAUCUCUUUGCAAAGCAGGAGAGUGAUGAGGAUGGAACUUCCAUUCUGUUCAUUGGAUGAGCAACUGUUGCAUGCUUAUUAAAGGACUUCAUCAUUUAGGGGAAAUUUACUGAUUCUAAAAGCAAACAGCAACAAAGUACUUUCUCACAGAUGUAUGAAAUUCUAAUUCGGCCCUCUCCUUUGUUGAGAACGGUGAUCAUGCAAGAAACUCUCUCACACUCUUCCCAAUGAUGAUGCCCCCAAUCUGCUCAUCAGCGUUUUGAAUUGCAUUCUUUCUUUGAAGUCCCCAUGACUCAAGCAAAUCAGAGGUAGCCACCAUCAAGAUGUUCCUUAGGGAGUCCUGCAACGUCUAGUGAAGGAGGCGAACAUUAGGUGCUUCUUCUUGAAGCUCCAAAUUCAGUGUUUUGUUUGAAGGAGAGACAGUGCAGCUUAAUAUAAUCUUGGAGUUUGGCAUGCAUUCCAGCAGCUUUAUCCCCUGAUGGACUCAAAACUUGGAUGUACUUGGGACUUAUUCGUGAUGAUUCUUGUUAUUUCUCUGAAGUAUUACUGCCUCCUGUCAUAGGAAGUGAAGUGACUGUCUUUCCUCUGAGUGUAGCCUUCUCUGCCGAUGUUUCUCCAGAGUUCUUUGAAGAUCCUGUGGAUGGAGCAAUUUCCACAGCCUUGAGUGCCACCUCUGACACAGGUUGUUCACCCUGCAAGCAAGUAGUCUUGCUUCAGCACUUUGGCUACUGCAUUGUGAAGGUGAAGGGAGUUGCAUAGGUGAGCCCUAACUUCUGCCAGCUGAGGUUGGGGGUCCUGUGACGUUCUUUUGUCCAACAUGACAUGCCUUUUUUGUUCUUUAUUGAGGCUUCAUGAACACUGAUCGUUUGGCCUUAGAGAGUUGAAGCCCAGCCAGAAACCCUCCGUCUCUUUGGGUCUUUUGCACUCUCUUCAAUCCUCCAUUUCUCUCCCAGAGGCUGGGCUUCUUGCUUUUCUUCAGGUGUUAGAAAAAAAAGAUUAAAAAAACAUGCCCAGCAAAAUGUCCUUUACGUUGUGCUAAAACAGCUGAUAACUGCUCAUGUUUGGACACAGUGUUGAUAAGUAGCCGGGACAUCUGUAUGCAAGGUUAUUUUUCCUUUCCAAAAGGUUUCCAUUUCCAUAUUUGAAAGAGUCCACAAUCUAUGGUGCCUAGACUGUACCAACUUAGCUUCUGCCACGUCACCUGAAGCCAACGAAGUACUCUCGUUCAUGCAUGUGAUCUGAUGUACACGUACAUAUGCCCCAAAACCUUAGGCAGUGCCCACAGCACUGCACAAAUGCAUGCAGGAAGUAGGAAAACCUUCGAAGCUGUGGGAAGUGGCAAAACGUAAGAAAAUUGCGGAGCCAGCACAAAGUUGUGGAUAUUGUGGCACAACUGGUGACCACCUGACCUGUAUGCCAUUUGAUAAAGACUUCAUUAUUGUUUUACAUGAAAGCAGUCUCACUGUUGGGCAUACAGCACACAGUGUAUUGUUGUAAACCAGUGGCUUGUCCACUGCAACUGUGGCCGAUCUGAGGGCAAUCAUUUUGGUCACUUGGUACUUCAUCUUGAUUGACUGGACCAUAUUUAUCGAAGUCCUCAACAGUAUGACUUGUUGCAUUGUGAAAACGGCACCCUUGAUUGUGGCUGUGCGCAUAUGCGUUUCCUAAAUUAGCACAUUUAACUUAUGUCAAUGUACUGUACUGAUCUUCUGAUCGACUUCGUCACUUUAAUAAAAACAACAGCAAUUAUUCACCUUGCACAUCAACUGAAUUUUUUAUGUAACCUCGUGCAUUGAAAGGUUGAUGUCAUCCAAUUGAGAAGCCUUGCAGUACAUUGUAUAUGUAAAUCAGUGUUUUAUUGUCUUUCUCAGUUUGAAACCCCCCGAAAAAACUGUAAGAGGUUAGCCCUGCAUUUUCUUUAAACUUUGACUUUCUGAGGAAUCAUACAAAAACGCUCUGUGAAAGAUGUUUACUACAUGUAUGGUCUUGACAUCAAGAAAUCUGAUGUAGAAUUGCCUUUUAAAAUUAAUGUUCUGAAAUUUAACCAAGAUUAAUGAAAGAAUUCCAAGCUGUGUUUACUCUCAUUCAGCAUUUUCCUUUAUUUGCAUCGUUCAGCAUGGUAUCAGACAAAUUACUGUGAACCUUUCAUUAAUAAUUAAACUGUUAUAAACAAUUGCUUUAAAUGUAAAUAAAAACCCAAAAUGUACAUCAAUUCAGAGUUAACAGUUCUCUAUUACCCUAUAACUUGAAAACAUCCCAAUCGACUGGUCACUAUUGGUGUUUUCAUAUGUUGCGAUGAAAACAUCCCUUUUGACUUGUAAAUGUAACCAUGCUGAUAUGAUGGUUUAAUUUUUUGAUGAGUGGUCCAGCAUGUCGAAACCUGCAAAAUUAGAUUUUUGCGUGAAAAAGCCAAACAGCUUGUCUUUGAUGAAAACACGAGCACACCAGUGUUUCAGAAUGAAUUUUGACUUAAUUUUUGAGCAAGUUCAGAGUAUGCCAAAAAAAACACCACAUAGGUUCACUGUUUUUUUCUUUGGGCUACAUUUUAAAUCCACAUUUCCUAAUUAGAUUGGCAGUUGAAAGAAAUCCAAAAGCUGUGAUAAAGCGACAUCAAACUGUUAUGACUGUGCAUUUUCCUUGCUCAAACUCUUUUUGACUGACUUUUAAAAAAAGCAAGUUGUCACCAAUGUUAGAAUGGUAGAGCCUGCUGUAACUUGUGAAAUCCAAAGCGACUGUUUGACCAUCUCCAAGAAAACAGGUAAGCUAACCUUCAGAUUUGGCGUUGCAGAUUUUGACAUGCUUUUCAGACAGCUUGUCAUGUCUGUCGAGUUCCCAAGCCGUCUGCCAA